GGGUUCGAUUGUACUUGCGUAUCGAGUUUAUAUUCUUUAGAUUAGACCAGCAUAAGUGUUUUAUUAUUACGUGUAAUCUUUUGAUUGUGCGCUAUCAUAAAUAAUGAAAAAAAACUGUUAGUAAGUGCGUUAGGUGUUGUAUCUAUAAAAAGAUUAUCAUACCCCAAACCAACAGUAAUCUAUUAGCUAAAGUACAUACCUCUUUUGUGCGCCACUUAAGGCAUAUCGUCAAGUUGAUUACUAUUCUGAUCUCUCCAAUCUUUGUACUAUUCGUCAUGGUUCUACCAAGAGCUGAUAACGAAAGUUUAUGGAUCUCAAUCGAACGUUUAUAUGUUAUAAUGUUUCACCGAGAUAUCAAAGUUCAGUGCCUUAAUCCAAACAAAAACAGUUUAACCAUUUUUGAUACGCCUGAUACGGCAAUGCCCAGUUUAACCGGACCCACCUAGCAUGGGUCUUUUCAGUUGUAUUUGUCCAAUCGGGCGUAUCGGACGUGUGCCGACCUUGUUAAGGUCUUCCAAAGCGCUUUUUCCCUGUCUCUUUUUAGCAUAUGUGCUUCUUAUGAAAGAAAAUGUCUGAGCAGGUUGUAAAUCCGGAAUUUUUGGCGCAUUUCUACGCGGUUUUUUAUUAUAUAUGGAGAAAAGAGAUAACUAGUCUCAACAACUACCUUAGCCGUCUCCUUUCAUCAAGCUUCAUUCUAGAAUUUAAACAGAAUUUCAUGUGAAGCAGCUAGGAAAAGUGAAGAAAAGUAAAGAAAGUGAAAAAUGCCUCGACCAAAAUCGAAUCCUCACCGAAAGUAUUUCUCCUUUGACAUUUUAUCAAACACGAGCACGUGCCUAAUCAAAAAAGAUGAUGUGAAUUGUGGGCAUCAAAUUAAAGGUAAUCAUGGAACUAAUUUGUCGAAGCACAUAAAGCGAUCUCAUAACACAUUGAUAAUUGAAACUGAGGAGCAAACGAGUAGCAACCAAACAAUUUCUAAGAAAAAUAGUGUGCCUGCUAAAACGAUUCAGGAUUUCAUAAAACCAAUUGUCCGUGUGUCCAUUACAAGGGAGGAUAUACAAAAUGCAUGUGCUUUGCUGUGCACAGUUGAUGGAAGACCAUUUUCUUUAAUGAACGACAUCGGAUUUAGGCGGAUUCUGAAUCCGUUAAUUGAAGGAUUAGGAUGUGAAAACUUUAUUAAUCCUCAAAACGUCCGUGAUGAUGUUGUAGCCAAAUCAGAGAAGGUCGUCGAAAAAAUAAAAGAAGAAACUAAAGGAAAAAUGAUCGCACUUAAAAUCGACGGCUUGACUCAUCUGAAUCGAUCGUUUAUUGGAGUAAACAUACAAUUUAUUUCUGAUGGACAUCUUGUCCUGCGCACAUUGGCAACUGAAGAAAUGUUUGCCUGCCAUACUGCUGCAAAUUUAAAAGACACCAUCCUUUUUGUUUUAAAUCGAUUCGAGAUCAGCUCCCAGCAAAUUUAUUCUUGCACCACUGAUAAUGGACGGAAUAUGGUCAAGUUUGUGGAACUUCUAAGUAACGAAAACAUUCCGGAGGAGUUGUGCGACGACUCUUCAUACGAGAAUGAAACCGACGUCGACAACGACUUGUCUUUUAUGAAUGACGUUGUUUUUGAAAAUAAGUGCAUAAGUGUUCGUUGUGCAGCACAUACUCUUCAGUUGGCGGUCAAUGCAGUACUUAAAGACAAAAAUUGUUCGAAAACAAUUGGUUUUGCCAGGAACUUGGUCAAAAAAUUGCGAACACCAACCAUGUCUUACAUUAUGAAGGAGAAAAAUCUAAGAAAACCGCCCAUUGAUUGUCCUACGCGUUGGAGCUCGUCCUACAAAAUGUUAGCGUAUUUGGUAGAAGAUGCAGUAUACCAUUUUUGCUCAACCUAUGCAGUGGCUAAUUCCGAUUUAUAUCUGGAUCAAAAAGUUUGGGAUUCAAUUCGCGAAAUUGUAAGCCUAUUAGAGCCAGCUGAGGUUGCCACAACAAAACUUCAAAGCCAAAAUUUGGUUUUCGGAGACUUUUACCACACUUGGAUUAGUUGUAAGCUACUCGUGCAGAAAAAUAACUCAAAGUUGGCCAAAUUUUUGUUAACAGAACUGGAAGAUCGUGAAAUUUUAUUAUUUGAAAACGAUGCAUUUCUGUGUGGAAUAUUCUUAGAUCCCAGAUUCAAUAUUACCCUAAGCAAAAAUCAAAAACAGACUUGUAUUAGUCUAUUAUCCAAUAUUUACUUCCAAAUUCUAUCGAUAUCCAAUAAUUCAAUAUCACUUCUUGAGAAAAGUUUAGAAGCAAGCCUUUCAGAAAGCUUCGACGAAGUUGAUAAAUACCUAAAAUUGGAAGAAGCAAGAUCUGUAGGCUCACCUUCAUGUAUGUCUACAUGCAGCCUUUUAGAAUCAAUACAAAUUUUUCUAAAGCAAAGGCGCCUUUCCAAGUCAACAGACAUUAUUAAAUGGUGGUCUGAAUCUUCCGAAAAGUUCCCAGAGUUGUUUGCAAUUUCUCAAGUGGCCCUAUGUGUUCCUGCUACGCAAGUGAGCGUAGAGAGGUUAUUUUCCAGCGUUAAGUUUAUCAUGAAUCCGCUCAGAAACCGUUUGGACAUGAAAACUUUAAACGCAAUCAUGCUUUUGAGAACCAAUCACAUGUUUUCCAAAUAAUUAACGUUUUUUCUUAAAUUUAUUAUCAUUAUAAGUAUAAUCAUCUCUAUGAUUUUGUAUCCAUUGAACUAUUAUUAA